CGUUGUUACGACCAAACCUCUCUGAAUUAAGAUCAAGAGUUGAGGUUCAGUCGGAUCAAUUCAAAAGGGUUGAACCCAAAACAGCGGUUCAACCCCUAUCAAAAUAAUAUAAUUUUUUAUUUAGAAAAAAAAAAAAAUACCCAUCAAAAUGAAGGGAUAUUAUUGUUUCUUCUUGGUUGUGGUUACUCUUGCGGCGAUAAUCCCCGCAUCAGUUGGUCACAUUGGUGAGUUUGAUGAGGUGUGGCGGAGGCGAGCAGCUGAAGCCUGGGAACAUGCCCAACAGGCUUAUGAACCCAAUCCACAUAACAUUUCAACCGCCUUGAAUCUCGAAGUUCGAAGGGCACUAUUAGAAGGGAAGGAUUUGACGACGACAUCAAUGGAGAAUAGCACAACGAGGCAUCUUUUGGGUUCAAAAAAGUACCAUGGGCCGUGUAAUGCCACAAACCCGAUCGAUCGUUGCUGGCGUUGCCACGCCGACUGGGCUACCAAUCGGAAGAGGUUAGCGGAUUGCGGAAUGGGGUUUGGGUACAAAACCAAAGGCGGCAAGAACGGGCCGUUCUACACCGUUACUGACAGCUCCGAUGAUCAAGCAAACCCCAAACCCGGAACCCUAAGACACGCGGUCAUCCAGAAGAAACCCUUGUGGAUAAUCUUCGGACGAGACAUGACCAUCAGGCUCCAGCAGGAGCUCCUCAUGCAAGGCGAUAAGACGAUCGACGGGCGUGGGGCCCAGGUCUACAUCAUCGGUGGGGCCGGGAUAACCAUGCAGUUCGUGAAGAACGUGAUCAUCCACGGGAUCCACGUCCACGACAUCGUCCAAGGAAACGGCGGCAUGGUACGCGACGCUAUAGACCACUUCGGACUCCGAACCCAGAGCGACGGCGACGGGAUCUCCAUCUUCGGCUCUUCCAACGUCUGGAUCGACCACGUGUCCAUGAAAAACUGUUACGACGGGCUCAUCGACGCGAUCGAAGCCUCCACGGCCAUCACAAUUUCGAACGGCCACUUCACGGAUCAUAACGACGUGAUGCUAUUCGGCGCCAACGAUAUGUCCCCCAAAGAUGAAAUAAUGCAAGUCACGCUCGCAUUCAACCACUUCGGGAAGAGAUUGAUUCAGAGGAUGCCGAGGUGUCGGUUCGGAUAUAUCCAUGUUGUGAACAACGAUUACACGCACUGGAACAUGUACGCCAUUGGAGGGAGUGCUCACCCCACCAUUAUCAGUCAGGGGAAUCGAUUCAUCGCUCCUCUUGACAUACACAAAAGAGAGAUAACUCAUAGAGCUGCGGGGACUCCUGCGGAAUGGAAGAAGUGGAAUUGGAGAUCGCAGGGAGAUAUAUAUAUGAACGGAGCUUUCUUUGUUCAGUCUGGAGAUCCGAAUUUCAUGAAAAAGCACAACGAAUUGUACGAUGGGGUGAAGACAUUCAGAGCUGAGGAAGUGACUUGGCUUACUAGGUUCGCAGGGGUGCUUAAUUGCAAGAUAGGAUCGGUCUGUUAGAUUGUAUUACAAUCCCCCACACUCUUCAAACCAAAAUAUAUAUAUAGACUAAGUUUUCCCUAAA